AUGGAAGGCUCAAAGGAUGGUUCAGAUCUCAAAGAGUCAACACCUCGUACGAGCCCAUCCUCGAGACAGCGGGCUCCGACGAUUACAAUUGAUACUUCCGCUGUCAAUUUUCCCCAGAAUGUUACCGCCCCUUCCCGAGAAUCAUCGUCGCCUUCGAACCCCCCAUCUCCCGCCCAGCGUCAGCGAUCCUCAACCACCGAGAACAGGCCGUUGCUGUUAUUUGAGUCAAGACUUGCCUCACCUUACAAUACCUUGCAACCUACUCCCAGAGGAAACGACAAGUCACCAGAUCCGCAUAAUCUCCUUGCUAUUCCAGGCACGCGCUCGAGGGGUAGCUCGCUCGAUCACCACUCCCUAUCAUCGUAUGGUGGAGAGACUCUAUUCCCAACGCCUACUGUAUCAGAUUAUGAGGGCUCUCAAGGUGAAUCAAGUGAGGCCAUAUCCGUUAAUAGGCUAGGACAUGAUGAUCCGUUAAAAGCCGAUCCCGGGGAGGAACACAAAUUUCACGUCGAGGAUAACCCGUUCGCCUUCUCACCGGGCCAGCUUUCCAAAUUGUUCAGUCCUCAGAGCCUCGCAGCUUUCUGUGCUUUAGGAGGAUUGCAGGGUCUUGUGCUCGGCCUGCGAACACACCGCUCCAGCGGAUUGAGCCUAGAUGAGACAGCCUUGGACGGAACUGUAGGGUUCGAUGAAGUUACUGCGACUACAAGUUCAGCCUUUCCCCGCAAAGGAAAGCUAUCUCCUCGUGGCCUUGUGCGAUCCACGACGUCCUCAUCAAUACGCCAUGCAAGCUCUGAGCGGUAUGUGGAUAGAAAGCGCGUCUUUGGCAUCAGUCGUCUCCCAGAGAAGAAGAGCAAGAAUCUCUUGCAAAUCAUGUGGAUAACCUUCAACGACAAGGUGCUGAUUAUUCUCACUGUCGUCGCUGCCAUCUCCCUGGGCUUGGGUCUGUACCAGGACUUUGGACAGUCAGGCAAGUACGGUGGACCCAAGGUUAGGUGGGUGGAGGGAGUGACAAUCAUGGUCGCCGUCGCCAUCGUCGUAGUUGUUGGAUCUGUGAAUGAUUACCAGAAAGAGCGACAAUUUGUCAAGCUCAAUCAAAAGAAACAUGAUCGCAUCGUGAAGGCCAUUCGGUCAGGAAAGUCAAUGCAAAUCUCAAUCUACGAUGUCCUUGCCGGAGAUGUGUUAUACUUGGAACCCGGUGAUCUCGUCCCCGCAGAUGGCGUGUUCAUUUCCGGUCACAAUGUCCGCUGCGACGAGUCAUCUGUCACCGGCGAAUCUGAUCAGAAGAAGAAGACCUCAGGCGACGAGGUAAUGGCUCGAAUCGAAGCGGGAGCAAGCGUUAAUAAGCUUGAUCCAUUUAUUAUCUCAGGAAGUAAGGUAUUGGAAGGGACUGGCGCGUAUUUGGUUACCGGUGUUGGCGUGCACAGCAGCUACGGAAAAUUGAUCGUGGCCAUGACGGAUGAUGCUGAAGCGACUCCGACGCCGCUGCAGAUCAAGUUGAAUAUUAUGGCCGAGCAGAUUGCCAAAUUUGGCUGUGCCGUCGCUCUCCUCCUCUUCAUCGUACUCUUCAUCAAAUUCCUCGCGCAGCUGACGAGAGGCCAAGAUGCGCCAGCUCAAAAGGCGCAGGACUUCUUGCAAAUUGUGAUCGUGGCCAUUACGAUAAUUGUUAUUGCAGUUCCAGAAGGGCUUCCACUUGCAGUCACACUCGCUUUGGCUUUCGCAAUGACGAGAAUGUUAAAGGACCACAAUCUGGUGCGGGUGCUGAGCUCGUGCGAAACAAUGGGCAAUGCAACGGCUAUCUGCUCCGACAAGACUGGGACACUCACAAUGAACAAGAUGACUGUGGUAGCGGGGUGUUUAGGCACUGCUUGUCAGUUUGGGAUUCAGGAAGGGCCAAUUAAUCAAGACCAAGAAAAUAGCGAGCAAGCUGCUUCUGGUGACUCGGUGGCCGUCUCACUCAGCGAACUCGCUUUAUUGCUCUCUGCAGAGGUCAAAGAUCUCCUCUCACAAUCUGUCGCUGUAAACUCUACGGCGUUUGAGGGCGAAGAGGGCGGUCAUCGUACUUUUAUCGGCUCCAAGACCGAAACAGCGUUACUCUCAUUCGCCAAGGCGCAUUUGGGUAUGGGGCCGGUCAAUGAAGAACGCGCAAACGCCAAUAUUGUUCAGAUAUUCCCUUUCGAUUCUGGCAGAAAGUGUAUGGCAUCCGUGGUCAGAUUACACGACAACACCUACCGGAUGUAUGUGAAAGGGGCUUCGGAGAUUUUGCUGGGCAACUGCACACGAAUUGUUGCAGAUGUGACGAAGCUUACGAAGAGCGUCGAAUUGACGAUGGAUAUCCGCAUCUCAUUGACCAAUGCCAUUAACAACUAUGCUGCCAAAUCGCUGCGAACGAUCGGCGUCGUCUACCGUGAUUUCAGAACUUGGCCUCCGCCCGGAGCCAAGACGCUUGAAGAUGAUCCGAGGGAAGCAGUGUUUGAAGAUAUACUCGAUGAAAUGGUGUUUCUUGCUAUUGUCGGUAUCCAGGAUCCCCUCAGGCCAGGUGUCAAAGAGGCAGUUGGACAGUGUCAGCACGCAGGUGUGUUUGUGAGGAUGGUCACAGGUGACAAUAUGGGGACAGCAAAAGCUGUUGCUGAGGAAUGCGGGAUCUACACUCAAGGCGGAAUCGUUCUGGAAGGACCCGAAUUUCGAAAGCUGUCCAACACUCAGAUGGAUCGGAUUAUCCCACAGUUGCAAGUGCUUGCUCGAUCCAGUCCUGAAGACAAGAGAAUCCUUGUGAAGAGGUUAAAGGAGCUGGGUGAGACUGUGGCCGUCACUGGUGAUGGGACGAAUGACGGACCGGCUCUGAGGGCAGCUGAUAUUGGUUUCUCGAUGGGCAUUUCUGGUACCGAGGUAGCAAAGGAAGCUUCAUCAAUUAUCCUUAUGGACGAUAACUUCUCGUCUAUCGUCAAGGCUUUAGAAUGGGGCAGAGCGGUUAACGAUGCAGUUAGGAAGUUCUUACAGUUCCAACUUACUGUCAACAUUACUGCAGUCAGUGUCACGUUUGUGUCUGCAAUAGCCAGCCCUAACGAAGAACCAAUCCUAACCCCUGUUCAAUUGCUCUGGGUUAACCUUAUUAUGGACACAUUUGCUGCUCUUGCUCUAGCUACGGACCCACCGCCUCGAAGCAUUCUUGAUAGAAAACCGGACCUGAAAUCGGCACGUUUAAUCACAUUGAACAUGUGGAAGAUGAUUAUCGGACAAUCUAUAUAUCAGUUGAUUGUGGUUCUAGCCCUCAAUUUUGCUGGUAAUGAGAUACUGGGUUACAAGACCGAGUAUGAGAAGAGCCGGCUGGAGACUUUGAUUUUUAACAUUUAUGUCUGGAUGCAGCUUUUUAACCAGCUCAACAAUCGCCGUCUCGAUAAUAAGUUCAAUGUCUUCGAAGGUAUUCGCCGAAACUGGUUCUUCAUUGGCAUCAACCUCAUCACGAUCAGCGGACAAGUGCUCAUUAUAUGUGUUGGCUCCAGUGCCUUGUCCACUAUUCGACUCAGUUGGGCACAAUGGGGCAUAUCCCUUAUCCUUGGAGCGAUCUCUCUUCCUGUAGCAGUGCUUAUCCGCCUCAUUCCUGACGAUUUUAUCGGAAAGUUUAUUCCCAGUGCAAGCGACCAAAGCUCGACGCCGCGGAGCGAAUGGAACGAUUCCCUGAAGAAUAUCCGUGAACAGCUCACUUUCUUCAGAAAGAUCCGUGGUGGGCGACUUCAAGCCCUCAUGUUCAAAUUGCAACGUCCGCGGGAGCUCUUGCUAAGCUCCAAUCGAGAUUCGAUCCCUAGGACGCCAAACAGUCAGGCAAACGGAGAUGCAGGGCCUCCCGAUUAUAGUUUGAUGCGCUCCAGAUCAAACUCCGCCCUCGGAUCUGCUGCUGCGAUGGCCGGAGUCAUAGCUGGGAGCAUUGCUGGAUGGUCGCCUCUCGAACAUGGCACAACUAGGGAUGACGACUCCAUCAGGUUCUCUAGCUCGCGGCGGAGGCCUAACCUCGAGAAUUAA